AUGGGGGUUCCAGCUUUAUUUAGAUGGUUAUCUAGGAAAUAUCCCAAAAUUAUUUCCCCAGUUAUUGAAGAAGAAGACCAUGAGAUUGGAGGAGCAAGAUAUGAAGAUCCGAAUCCAAAUGGAGAAAUUGAUAAUUUAUAUUUGGAUAUGAAUGGUAUUGUUCAUCCAUGUUCCCAUCCUGAACAUAAAAAAGCCCCUGAAACUGAAGAUGAAAUGUUUUUAGAUAUUUUCAAGUAUACUGAUCGUGUAUUGAUGAUGGCUAGACCAAGAAAAGUUUUAAUGAUUGCAGUUGAUGGGGUUGCACCAAGAGCUAAAAUGAAUCAACAACGUGCAAGAAGAUUUAGAGCUGCUCAAGAUGCUAAAUUGAAAAGUCACCAAUUAGAAAUCGAAGUUAAAGAAAGAGAAAUGAGAGGUGAAGUUAUUGAUGAUGCGAUUAAAGGGAAAAAGCAAUGGGAUUCAAAUGCAAUUACUCCUGGUACUCCAUUUAUGGACAGAUUAGCAGAAGCAUUGAGAUAUUGGGUAGCAUAUAAAUUAGCCAAUGAUCCUGGUUGGGCUAAUUUACAAGUAAUUAUUAGUGAUGCUACUGUUCCAGGGGAAGGUGAACAUAAGUUGAUGAAUUUUAUUCGUUCUCAAAGAUCAGAUCCUCAAUAUGAUCCAAAUACUAAACAUUGUAUAUAUGGUUUGGAUGCCGAUUUGAUUUUCUUGGGAUUGGCUACUCAUGAACCUCAUUUUAGAGUAUUAAGAGAAGAUGUUUUUGCUAAACAAGAAAAGAAAUUCACCAUUCGUGAUCAAAUUGCCGAAGCUACUUCAGAUGCUGUUAAAACUAAAACAGAAGACAGAAAGCCAUUCUUGUGGUUACAUGUUAGUGUUUUAAGAGAGUACCUUCAAGUGGAAUUAUAUGCACCAAGAAUGCCAUUUCCAUUCCAAUUAGAAAGGGCUAUUGAUGAUUGGGUUUUCCUUUGUUUCUUUGCUGGUAAUGAUUUUUUGCCUCACUUACCAAGUUUGGAUGUUAGAGAUAAUGGUAUUGAUACAUUAGUUCAAUGUUGGAAGAGAAGUUUAGGUAGACUUAAGGACUAUGUCACUUGUGAUGGUAAACUUAAUCUUGAAAGUGUUGAAGUAUUAAUGAGUAAUUUGGCCACUAAAGAAGAUGAAAUUUUCCAAAGAAGACGUGCUCAAGAACAAAGAAGAGAAGAUGCCAUUAAAAGAAGAAAAAAAGCUAUUGAUCAAGAAAAAGCACUCAAGGAUAUCUAUUUACCUACUGUUUCUAAAGGUAAAGAUAAGGCUCCGUUAACUGCUGAUACAAAUAUGCCAUUGAUGGAUACAAAGGGAAAUAUUGUUGAAGGGUAUGCCAAUUUGACAAAUAGCGAUAUCGUACAAAAUCAAGCUAUAAUAACUAAAGCAAACAUGGCCAAUAGUGAAGCUGCUGCACAAUUGAAGAAAUUGAUUGAUUCCAAAAAGACUCAAGUAAGCACAGUUCAAGACCAAAUUGAUUCUGAACAAAUGACACCUUCUGAUUCAUCAUCUAUGCCAACAUCAGAAUCAGAAAUAGAAACACCAACUACAGUUGAUGAAGAUUCCAAGAAGAGAAAACAUAAGGAUGUUGAUGAAGAGAUUGGAACACCAGAUGAUAUUAAACUAUAUGAACCAGGUUAUCACAAGCGUUAUUAUGAAAUAAAAUUCCAUUGUAAAUCAGAUGAAGAGAUUGAGAAAAUGAGAAGAGAAGUAGUAGCACAUUAUGUUGAAGGUAUUGCAUGGGUAGCUUUGUAUUAUUAUCAAGGAUGUCCAUCAUGGAAAUGGUAUUUCCCAUAUCAUUAUGCACCUUUUGCUGCUGAUUUCACAAACUUGCAAGAAUUAUUUCCUAAUGGUAUUAAAUUUGAAUUGGGUCAACCAUUUAGACCAUUUGAACAAUUGAUGUCCGUUUUACCAGCUGCCUCAGGGCAUGCUUUACCAAAAGUUUUCCGUGAAUUGAUGUCUAAUCCAGAUAGUGAGAUUAUUGAUUUCUAUCCAGAAGAGUUUGAGAUUGAUAUGAAUGGGGCCAAAAUGAGUUGGCAAGGUAUUCCAUUAUUACCAUUUAUUGAUGAAAAAAGAUUAUUGGAUGCUGUUCAAAAACAAUAUGAAUUAUUAACACCGGAAGAGAAGGAUAGAAACACUAAUAAAAAAGCAGAAUUAUUCAUUUCCCCAGCCAAUAAAAAUUAUCCAAAAUUUAUGGAAUCAUUAUAUAAAGAUGAAAAAGACAAGGUUGAUUUCAGAUAUGGUAAAAGUGGCUUAGCGGGAACCGUUGUUAAAUUAGAUGCAUUUAAACCAGAAGGAAUUUUUAAAUUUCCAUUAAACGAAGGACAUAUGCCGAAUGUUGAUAAUAAAGAAUAUUUCCAAGCUACCUAUGAAUUCCCAAAAAAGAAAGCAGGAAAAUCAAUGAUUUUGAAUGGUCAUAUACCAGCUAUACCUGCAUUAUCAACCGCGGAUAAAAAUGAUCUUAUUUAUCAAUUGGAUAGAUUUAAUAAUAAUCGUAGAAAUGGGCCAAAUGGAGGUAAUAGAUUUAAUUCAGUUCAAGACAAUGCAGGAUAUGUGAAUAAAGGACCAGCAGGUAAAGAAAUAUUUAAAACUUAUUCUAUGAGAAGAGGAGGAUAUAGGUCAUAUUUACAAUAUUUGGCAAAUGGGAAACAUCCAGAUAGUCAACUGCAACAACAUCCACUACAACAACAACAAAGACAUCAACAAUACCAAGGUCCAAAUGUUCAACGAUACAACAACAAUAAUGGUUAUCAAGGAGGGUAUAAUAAUAAUUAUAACAAUAAUUAUAAUAAUAGAGGAUAUAAUGCUGGAUAUACUAAUACUAGUCGAUUCCAAGGUGUUAGUAAUAAUAACCAUUACAAUAGCAAUUAUAAUAAUAGUGGAUAUCAAGGAGCUAAAAGAACUGGUUUCCUUCCACCAAAGCCUCCAAGUUAA